AUGAAGACGAUUCUUAGAUCAGUCAGCUUUAAUAAUGACAAUGACUCGGAUUCAACCAUCAACGAACCACCUGAAACUACAAAGACGCUCUACAACAGAUCUUUUAGCAUGAAAGGGACCCAAAGACCUAGCCAUUCUUCAGAAGACGUGGAGGACAAUCUUUCUUUAAAGCCUUUAACGUUCAUGAAAGAAGAUGACAGAUAUAAUAUACGAAGAUGGAAACCGUUAUCCGAAAACGAUCAUGUAAAGGAGUUUCUAGCGUUAAUAAGCGACAGUAGAUACCAAGCUGCGUUAAAGCUGCAAAAGGUGUAUAGAAGCUUUCGAACGAGGAGAAGGCUAGCUGAUUGUGCUGUGGUGGUUGAGCAGAGAUGGUGGAAGGUACUUGACUUUGCUGAGCUUAAAAGAAGUUCUAUAUCGUUUUUUGAAAUUGAGAAGCAAGAGACUGCUAUUUCACGCUGGUCUAGAGCAAGAACAAGAGCUGCUAAGGUGGGUAAAGGCUUGUCAAAAGAUGAGAAAGCAAGGAAGCUGGCUUUGCAACACUGGCUUGAGGCAGAGAAUGUUAUUUUCACAAUGUCUUUUUCUGUGGAUAUGGGUUUUGUGUAAUGUCACAUGUUAUCUUAACAGAUAGAUCCUCGACAUCGCUAUGGCCACAAUCUGCAAUUCUAUUACCAUGCUUGGCUCCACUGUGACAGUUACCAACCCUUUUUCUAUUGGCUUGACAUAGGAGAAGGGAAAGAACUAAACCAUGAAAGAUGUCCAAGAUCAAAACUAUACCAACAAAGCAUCAAGUAUCUUGGUCCGACUGAAAGAGAGGCAUAUGAAGUGGUGAUUGAGGAUAGCAAACUAAUGUACAAGCAAAGUGGGAUGGUUCUGGACACAAAAGAAGGUCCUCCAGAUACAAAGUGGAUCUUUGUCCUAAGCGUGUCUAGGGUAAUGUAUGUUGGUAUGAAGAAAAAGGGAAACUUUCAGCAUUCUAGUUUUCUUGCUGGAGGGGCUACCUUAUCUGCUGGAAGAAUUGUGGUUGAUGAUGGUAUUCUUAAGGCAGUUUGGCCUCACAGUGGACAUUAUCUACCAACAGAAGAGAAUUUUAUGGCCUUCAUGUCAUUUCUUAGGGAGAACAAUGUUGACCUCACUGAUGUAAAGAAGAGUCCAGAUGAAGAUGAUGGAGAACAUCACUUCAAGGUCAAGAGAAUGCCUUCAAGAAUCAAAGAGGUCGAAGAAGAACCAUGUGACUUUGUGGACGCUGAGACUGGUCUAAGUCCAAACGCAAAACCUAAGAACCAUCCAGAGCUACAGACAUUAACAAGGUUCCACUCAAAAGUCAAGGACAUGGUUGAGGAUGAUCAAGAUAAUGAAGAAGAAGAGCCUGAAACACCAUCAGAAGAAGGAUAUGAGACAGCAGAGGAGACAUUCAUAGCUGAGGAAGAGUUUGCAUACCCUAAAUCACAUCUGUUUGAUGAAGACAUUGAAGAAUACGAGAACCCUAUACCUAAGGAGAAGAUAAUGAAGAGGAUAGAUUCACACAAAGGAAUCAAAUCUUACCAGUUAGCUCAGAGGCUACACUCAAGAUGGAGUACUGGUGCAGGUCCUAGAAUCAGUUGUAUGAGAGAUUACCCUUCAGAGCUUCAGUUUAGGGUUCUUGAACAAGCUCAACUAUCUCCAAGAGCUUCAAGCUCUCCAAACCCAUCUCCUUUUGCUCCUGUUAGAUCAAGAGGAACAAGUCUUGGGAGAAGUCCUUUCUCUCAAGAACUUGAGAAGCUUUAAAUCUAUAUAUGAAGUAUAUAUGCUCAGGUAAUGAAGUGACCGGCUUGAGUUU